AAAAGCCCACUAUAGCUAGUUUUAUAGUUUUAUACACUAUCUAAUAAGUUGAUCGAUCCCCAAUUAGUCGGUUUCUCUUAAAAUAAUUGAUUUUCGUCUGCUCCUCCCGAUUUCCUCCGACUUUCUGCUUCUUCUCUACGCGACCCUACUCGUCGAUUGCCGCCGUCUCGCUGCCGGUGGAUCCCUCGCUCUUUCCGGAUUCUCGUCGAAGGUUAACGAAUACGCACUACUGGCCUUAUUUGCUGAAGAAAAAUGUUCGGAAGCAACCCUUUUGGGCAGUCAUCUAGUAGCCCAUUUGGGUCUCAACCUGUUUUUGGGCAGACUAGUAGCACUACUAGCAAUCCUUUUGCCCCUAAACCUUUUGGUAGUAGUACCAGCCCUUUUGGCUCGCAGACAGGGGGUUCCAUUUUUGGCGGCAUGUCUACUGGUGUUUUUGGUGCCCAAUCUUCUUCUCCUCUAGGAUCCACUUCUGUUUUUGGUGCAUCGUCAUCACCUGCUUUUGGAAGCUCAACCCCGACCUUUGGAGCUUCCACAGGUUCUGCAUUUGGAAACUCAUCUUCAGCAUUUGGUGGGACCUCAGUAUUCGGACAGAAGCCCACAUUUGGUGGUUUUGGAUCCAAUACUACUCCAUCGAGUCCCUUUGGAGGUUCAUUCCAGCAAUCACAACCUGCCUUUGGGAGCAAUUUAUUUGGUUCAUCAACACCUUUUGGUGCUCCUAGUCAACCCGCCUUUGGUGCAUCAAGUAGUCCUGCAUUCGGUGCACCCAGCACUCCAGCUUUUGGUGCAACUAGCACCCCUGCCUUUGGUUCUACUGCAAGUCCAACAUUUGGCAGCACAAGUGGUGGUUUUGGUGUGUCAAGUUCUCCUUUUGGAUCAAGCACUCCAGCAUUUGGUGCUUCUUCCACUCCAGCAUUUGGGGCUUCUAGCACACCAGCUUUUGGUGCCACAGCUGCUCCUGCUUUUGGUGCAACAAGCAGCCCGGCAUUUGGUGCCACAACCUCUUCUGCAUUUGGUGCUUCAAGUGCUCCUUCAUUUAACUUCGGAUCAAGUCCUGCAUUUGGCCAAUCAACUUCUGCAUUUGGAAGUAGUCCAUUUGGUGCAACAUCAUCCUUCGGAGCUCAAAGUACUUCAUUUGGAGCUCAGACUACAACCCCUGCUUUUGGUAAUUCAGGUUUCGGCCAAACUGCUUUUGGAGGGCAACGAGGGGGAAGUAGAGUAACUCCAUACUCAGCAACACCUGAGACAGAUGGUGCCACAGGUACACAGCCAGCUGGCAAACUAGAAUCUAUCUCAGCCAUGCCAGUCCAUAAAGAUAAAAGUCAUGAAGAACUUCGAUGGGAGGACUACCAGUUAGGAGAUAAAGGAGGGCCGGCUCCCGCUGGUCAGGCUACUGCUGCUGUUGGCUUUGGUGGUUCAGGGUUUGGAGCCACAUCCACUACAUUUUCCCAGUCAUCCGCGAAUCCUUUUUCAUCGUCAACAUCUACCAAUCCAUUUGCUCCAAAAACACCAGCGUUUAGCAGUUCAGGCUUCGGAGCUUCAACUGGUUCUGCCUUUGGUUCUUCACCUUUUGCAGCGUCAAAUACAGCUAACCCUUUUGGCUCUACAUCAUCAACGACAUCCUCCUUAUUUGGCUCCGCAGCUCAACCAUUUGGAGCCAACACCUCUCCUUCUCUUUUUAACUCUUCCAGCUCAUCUCCUUUUGGGUCAUCUAUUUUUGCGGCUUCAACAUCACAGGGGACUGCAUCUACAUUUGGUACUGGCUUGGGGUUUGGUAACACUCAGUCUUCCCCAUUAUUCCAGUCAACGACACCUACGCUUGCACAGACUAGUUCACCUUUUGGACAGACAUCUGCAUUUGGUCAAAGUGCAUCAGGUUAUGGUCAGUCAAAUUUGUUUUCUACACCCUCUACGGGUUUUGGUGGCAAUUUGUUUUCCAGCAGUUCAUCGCUUCUAAGCAGCACCGGCGCCUUGGGAUUUGGUCAAACAACUCCUUCACUUUCUACUCCAUUUCAAUCGGCACAGUCAGCUCCUGGGGGUUUCAACUUUAGCAAUUUUGGCCAGUCACAAGCAGCUGCUCCAAGUGGCUUUGGUGGCACCCCUGGCAUGUUUAGCAAUACUGCUUUUGGACAAGUGCCUGGCACUCAAGGUACUGUUGCUGCACAAGCAGCUCCCAUGACAAAUCCCUUUGGAACUUUACCUACAAUGCCUCAGGUGUCAAUUGGUCGCACAGGGACUUCCCCUUCUGUUCAGUAUGGUAUUUCUAGCUUGCCAGUUGUUGAAAAACCAGUUCCUGUGAGAAUAUCAUCCCUUUUAACGUCUCGGCACCUCUCCCAAAGGCGUAUAAAGCUCCCAGUUAGGAAAUAUCACCCUAAAUCCAAUGGCCCAAAGGUGCCUUUCUUUAAUGAUGAUGAAGAAACAGCAAGCACGCCAAAAGCAGAUGCUCAGUUUGUUCCCAGGGAGAAUCCAAGAGCUCUAGUGAUUCGUCCACUGGAACAGUGGCAUUCUAGGUCCAGCGCAGAGAAACCAAAGACCACUGGCACUCCCGUGCAUGAAAAUGGUAAACUUCAUCAAGAUGGUUACAAUUACAUAAAUGGGAAUAGGACCAAGGACAAAGAUGCUUCCCCAACAGAAGAUCUGAUGGAAAAUGGUAUGGCUAAGGAACAAGCUAAAGAGAACCAGAAAGCUAACGGUGUCCAUGAUGGUCUUUAUACAGAGAAGGGUGACUCCUACAUAACUCUUACAGGGCAUCGAGCUGGUGAAGCUGCUAUUGUUUAUGAGCAUGGAGCUGGAAUUGAGGCGCUGAUGCCAAAGCUCCGCCACUCUGAUUAUUAUACCGAGCCACGGAUCCAGGAGCUGGCUGCAAAGGAAAGGGCUGAGCCAGGUUAUUGUCGCCAUGUCAAGGAUUUUAUUGUUGGAAGACAUGGUUACGGUAGCAUCAAGUUCUUUGGGGAAACUGAUGUGCGGAGGCUUGAUCUUGAGUCACUUAUCCAAUUCAACAAUCGUGAGGUGAUAGUUUAUAUGGAUGAGAGCAAGAAACCUCCUGUUGGACAAGGUCUGAACAAGCCUGCUGAGGUUACACUCCUAAACAUAAAAUGCUUUGAUAAGAAGACGGGUCAGCAAUACACUGAGGGGCCGAGGAUUGACAAGUACAAAGAGAUGCUGAAAAGAAAAGCUGAGGAUCAAGGUGCUGAGUUUGUGUCGUAUGAUCCAGUCAAAGGAGAAUGGACGUUCAGAGUCAACCAUUUCAGUGUGUAUAAGCUUGGCGAUGAUGAAGAGGAAAGUCAUGAAAACGUGGUUACUUGUUGUAGUUGACGCACUAGAGAUGAUUAUGUGGGUUUUGUUUGUGCAAAUGCAAGUAUGUUGGUAAGUUUGGUUUGAGUUAGCAACUUGUAUAAAAUUUAAGUUGUCAUGAGUAAUGUUCAGUUAGGCCUUUGCUUUUUUGUUGUUGGUUUAGUUUCUUACUUUUCGGGGAGAUGGGAGAUUGAAUUAUAAGACACUCUUCCUCAUCAUAAUUGUAUCACUUUGAAUUACACCUAAGGCUCACGAAAAUGGAGGUAAAGUGAUGCCACGAAUCUAUUACCAAUUUUUUCA